AUGUCGACCUUCCGUCGCGUCGACGCCCGCCCCGCGGACCCUCCCGUCGCCGGCAAGGAAUACUACCCCCGCCAGCCCAAGUCCCUCGCCGGCAUCGCCCUACGUGCCUUCUGCCUCGGCGCGGCUCACCUGACGGGCCUCCUCCUCACCUUCCUUCUCCUGUCCGCGACCUCCUCCCCGCUCUGGCGUCUGCCCUUCUUCCUCGCCGCCCUUGCCCUCUUCCACUUCCUCGAGUUCUGGACCACGGCCGCCUACAACACGCCCCAGGCCACCGUUCACGCCUUCCUUCUCACCGCCAACUGGCCCGCCUACGCCAUCGCCCACGCGACCGCCUUUGCCGAGUGCUUCCUGACGAACCUCGUCUUCCCUGGUGCCGUCUGGGUGCCCUUUGGCCUGCGGCCCGCCUUGCUCGCGGCCGGGCUAGUGUUGGUGGCCGUGGGCCAGGCGGUCCGCUCGCUGGCCAUGGUCACGGCGGGGCAGAGCUUCAACCACACCAUCCAGCACUACCGGGCCGAGUCGCACACCCUCGUGACGAACGGCGUGUAUGGCUGGUUUCGGCACCCGUCAUACUUUGGCUUCUUUUGGUGGGCCAUCGGCACUCAGCUGGUCAUGGGGAACCUGCUCUCCCUGGUUGCCUACGCGGGCGUGCUGUGGUACUUCUUCUCCAAAAGGAUACGCCACGAGGAGGAUCUGCUGGUGAGGUUCUUUGGCCAAGACUACGUCGACUAUCGCAAGCGCGUCGGAAUCAUGAUUCCCUUUUGCGGUUAA